AUGUCAGGUCAGAAGGUGCGCUCCUUCCUCCAGGGCUUGUCCCGCAGGAAGCCGCUGGAGCCCGAGGGCGAGGUGUCCACCUUCCACCGCUGCCUAGCAACACUGGACCUGGUGGCGCUGGGCGUGGGCAGCACGCUGGGCGCCGGCGUCUACGUGCUGUCGGGCGAGGUGGCGCGCGCCCAGUCGGGGCCCAGCAUCAUCAUCUCCUUCUUCGUCGCCGCGCUGGCGUCCAUCUUCGCCGGGCUCUGCUACUCGGAGUUCGGCUCGCGCGUGCCCAAGACGGGCUCGGCGUACCUGUACAGCUACGUGACCGUGGGGGAGGUGUGGGCCUUCAUCACCGGCUGGAACCUGCUGCUGUCCUACGUCAUAGGCACAUCAAGUGUAGCCCGGGCCUGGAGUGGCACGUUUGACGACAUGAUUGGGAACGUCAUGGUCGACUACUUCAGCAAGCAUGCCGCCAUGGGACUGCCCGGACUGGCCGCAUACCCUGAUGUGUUCGCCGCCGCCCUCAUCAUGCUGCUGGCAGGUCUCCUUGCUUAUGGUGUGAAGGAAUCAACAACAAUCAAUAAGAUAUUCACCCUUGUGAACAUACUGGUGCUGGUCUUUGUCAUAAUAUCUGGCUUCAUCAAAGGAAAAAUUGAAAACUGGUAUAUCACAGAGGAAAUGCUACAGAACGCUACAGCUCAGCUUGAUAACUUGACGUCGUCGGUCAAUGUGACGAGUGUGUAUGGAGUGGGUGGGUUCUUCCCCUUUGGUUUCGAAGGAACGCUGGCAGGGGCUGCCACCUGUUUCUACGCCUUUGUGGGUUUUGACUGCAUUGCAACUACAGGUGAGGAGGUGAAGAACCCCCAGAGGUCCAUCCCGCUGGGCAUCGUGGGCUCGCUGCUCAUCUGCUUCGUGGCGUACUGCGGCGUGUCGGCCGCCCUCACCCUCAUGAUGCCCUACUACCUGCUCGACAUCCACAGCCCGCUGCCCGUGGCCUUCACCUACAUCGGCUGGGGCGCGGCCAAAUACGUGGUGGCCGUGGGCUCCCUGUGUGCCCUGUCGACCAGUCUCCUUGGCUCCAUGUUCCCGAUGCCGCGCGUGCUCUUCGCCAUGGCCCGAGACGGCCUGAUGUUCAAGGCCCUGUGUAAGGUCAACGUCCAACAGAGUCCAGCUGUGGCUACUCUCUCCUCUGGCACUGUAGCAGCAAUAAUGGCCCUUUUAUUUGACCUGAAAGCCUUGGUUGAUAUGAUGUCUAUCGGGACCCUGUUCGCCUACACGCUCGUGGCCAUUUGCAUUCUCAUUCUCCGGUUUGUACCUUUGUCUGACUCAACCCUACCAACUCACACGGCAGUUGUGGUGGUGGUCAUCCUGAGUGUGUUCCUGACGAAGGCCAUCCAGCCGCUGCUGCAGUGUGAGAUCUGGAGCCUGGUGUGUCUGUGUGUGGUGCUGGUGGUGCUCGUCCUCAUCGUCCUCAUCAUCUGGAGACAGCCGCAGAACGCCACCCGCGCUCCCUUCAUGGUCCCCUUCCUGCCCGUACUCCCCGUGGUGAGCGUGUUCAUCAACGUCUACCUGAUGGUCCAGCUAGGAGCAGACACCUGGAUACGCUAUGCCGUGUGGAUGGCAGUGGGGCUACUCAUCUACUUUGGGUAUGGGGUCCGUCACAGCGUCCAGAAACAGAGACUGCUUAACAGACAGGUCAACAUCGAGACCAUUGAGGACAAAACUGAGAAAGACGGAGCCAAAGUGGAGAGUUCAACAUAA